AUGGCCAAUCUGAGCCACCCCUCUGAAUUUGUCCUCUUGGGCUUCUCCUCUUUUGGUGAGCUACAGGUUCUUCUGUACGGGCCUUUCCUCACACUGUAUCUUCUCGCCUUCGUGGGAAAUACAAUCAUCAUCAUUAUGGUCAUAGCUGACCCCCGCCUACACACUCCCAUGUACUUCUUCCUGGGCAACUUUUCCCUGCUGGAGAUCUUGGUGACCAUGACUGCAGUGCCCAAGAUGCUCUCCGACCUACCAGUCCCCCAUAAACUCAUUUCCUUCGCUGGCUGCAUGGUCCAGUUCUACUUCUACUUUUCCCUGGGUUCCACUUCCUUCCUUAUCCUGGCAGACAUGGCCCUGGACCGCUUUGUGGCCAUCUGUCACCCACUGCGCUAUGGCACUUUGAUGAGCUGGGCUGUGUGCAUCUGGCUGGCUGGGGCUGCCUGGGCAGCUCCUUUCCUAGCCAUGGUACCCACUGUCAUCUCCCGAGUUCAUCUCAACUAUUGCCACGGCAAUGUCAUUAACCACUUCUUCUGUGACAAUGCACCUCUGCUGCACUUGUCCUGCUCUGACACCCACCUGCUGGAAUUCUGGGACUUUGUGAUGGCCUUGGCCUUUGUCCUCAGCUCCUUCCUGGUGACCCUCAUCUCCUAUGGCUACAUUGUGACCACCGUGCUGCGGAUCCCCUCUGCCAGCAGCCACCACAAGGCUUUCUCCACGUGUGGGUCUCACCUCACGCUGGUCUUCAUUGGCUACAGCAGCACCAUCUUCCUGUAUGUCAGGCCUGGGAAAGCACACUCGGUGGAAGUCAACAAGAUUGUGGCCUUGGUGACUUCAGUCCUCACCCCUUUCCUCAACCCCUUUAUCCUGACCUUCCGCAAUGAGACCAUUAAGGCAGUGCUACGGGGGGCGGUGCAGAGGCUGAAAGGCCUUCACAAGGUGCUGCAAUGA